UGGAGCCCACGGGGAGGGGCUCGGCGGCCCCAGGGCAGGAGGAGUGGGCUGCAGCCAGUAGUGGCCGGGCCGGGCCGGGCCGGGGGAGUCUCGCUCGGCGCGGGAAGGCAGCGUGGCUGCCUCGGGGCGCCCUGCACCCCUGCAGUGUGUGGGCGGGGCAUCCCCGCACUAUCCCACGGGGGAAGCGGAGUCGGGGCAGAGUGGGGCGCCCCCCCCCCGCGCCUGUUCUCUUGGGGGCGCUGGGGUGUGUGUGUGGAGCGACUCGCUCAUUACCGCUUUCUGGGCCAUGCAAGAAGUGGCGGAUGUGGGAGCAUGGCCACUAAGAAAUUAAGAAGAGCAGGGUUAUCUCAGGAACUUUGUGACAGGUUGAAUCGGCAUCAGAUCAAUACCUGUCAGGACUUUCUGUGUCUUUCACUCUUGGAGCUAAUGAAAGUGACUGGACAAAGUUAUUGGAAUGUACGGAAGCUUCUUUGCAAAGUCAGCUUAGCUUGUGCUCCCAAAAUGCAGACUGCUUAUGAGAUGAAAAUGAAAAGGGCGAUCAAUCCAUCCUCAGCCUUCUUAUCCACUACCCUAGAUGGUUUGGAUAAAGCCCUGCAUGGUGGAGUGGCCUGUGGAUCCCUCACAGAGGUAACUGGCCCAGCGGGUUGUGGCAAAACUCAGUUUUGUCUUAUGAUGAGUGUACUGGCUACUCUGCCUAUCAGCAAGGGAGGACUAGAUGGGGCUGUCAUAUACAUUGACACAGAGUCUGCAUUUGGUGCUGAAAGGUUGGUUGAGAUAGCAGAACACCGUUUCCCAAAUUAUUUUGGCACAGAAGAAAAGUUGUUUUCAAUGACCCGUAGCAUUCAUCUCUAUCGGGAGCUCACCUGUGACAGUGUGCUGAAAAGGAUUGAGACUUUGGAAGAAGAAAUAAUUUCUAAGAAGGUUAAGCUUGUAAUAAUUGACUCUGUUGCUUCAGUGGUCAGAAAGGAGUUUGAUACGAAACUUCAAGGCAACCUGAUGGAGAGAAGUAACUUUCUGGCUAGAGAAGCAUCGUUGUUGAAGUACUUGGCUGAGGAAUUUUCAAUACCAGUUAUCUUGACAAAUCAGAUUACCACACGGCUGAGUAAUGGCCUUGAUAUCCAGGCAGACCUGGUGUCUCCAGCUGAUGACAUGUCCCUGUCUGAAGUUUCAGGAGCCUCUGGGAGCAAGGACAGGGAACCCGGCUAUGUGACAGCAGCACUGGGGAACACAUGGAGUCACAGCGUCAACACCAGGCUCAUACUACAGUAUCAUGACUUUCACACAAGACAGGUCUUGGUUGCUAAAUCUCCCGUUGCUCCAUUCUCAGCUUUCUUCUACACCAUUGAAAAUUCUGGUCUGGUUCUUCAAGAUGGAAAUGACCACCCAGAUGCCAGCUGGGAAGGCUCCAGUCCUGUACUGCAGGCCAUAAGAGUGAGGACCAAUAUCUUGAACGAUGGCUUCCCCAGUUCCACUGCUGAGACCCUCAAGCUAACACAACCGAUAUGAAGAAGAAUGUGUCUCAGCUGGAGAGAGGCAUGACAUAGAUAUUUUUCCUAAUGUGAUUUCUUUAAAUUCCUAUGAAUCACUUUGUGGAAUUGCUUCUUCUUUUACCUCUGAACAGAGUGACUUUGAAUGUGGUUCUUGUUCUUUGUACAUGAGUAGCCAUAUUGUAUUUAGUGAUAUAAAAA